AUGAAGAGUACAGCAUCGUCAUCAACGGCAACAUCACGUCCCUUGCUGCCAUAUGUAACGCACUACAGCGAUUCGGGUUUUUCCAGUACGCUCAGCAGUGGUUCAAGUUGUUCGUUUCUUCCACCACCACCACCCUAUCGUGGAUUUCGUGGAUCUACCAAACAGCAGCAUCGGAUUCAUCGUAGUUUGAGCGAUUCAAAAUACGGCUCUACAACUGGAUGCCAUCUCAUGAGACUACCAGCCGGUCCAUGUGCUGGCAGUGUCAAUUUACAGGAAUUAUGUCGUACUCCACGUGCCGGUAGUUGGACAUCACGAGUAAGUUUAGUUUUCCAUCUUCCUACUGUUAUGUCAGCAAGAGUCAUUAUCCCAAACACUCAACAAUAUUAA